AGCCGCCAGGAGUUACGGCAUGGCCGCCAUGGCAGCUGAUGCUCGUCGCAGCACUUGACGUUUAAUCAGAACAUGUCAUUUUGCAGAUUUCAUUUUCACAAAUGGCAGACUCUUUUUUCGGUUUCGAUACCACGCUCGGAGAUAACAAUUUAGAGGAUGGACUGGAUGGUCCAUUGGAGGAAGAUGAGUUUGAAGAGGAAGAGUACGAUGCCUUGAAUGACGAAACGUUUGGCCCUGAUGCGACUAUUGGUGAUUGGGAGGAAGAUCAUGAAAAGCUUGCCGAAAUUACAGAAUCAAAUCGCCCACAUAAUCAGAAUGCGACAAAUAAAAAGAAUAUUUCUAAUAUAGAUAUCGAGGAUAAUUUAUCACAUUUGGUAUUGGAUAAAGAAGGGAUAGUUCCACGACCUGGUGUAUGGGGUAGCCCUUUGAAUCUAUCUCCUCCAAAAGCUCAACCACGGUUAUCAUUGCCAACUUUAAAAAAUGCUUGUACUGUGGAAGAAUUGGAAAGGGGGCUUGUUGCAAAUAGGCCACCUCCAGGUCUCAGUAAACCACAAACGCAACAACAGCAGAGGAAAUCUGAAGGUUCGCUUCUCUUUGAAGCUUUAUCUUUGAAUGAAAAAUUUCAGGUCAAUGGCCUACCUCCGACACGUUUUCCACCGGGGUUAGGCCUACCUGGAGCCCAUCCUAUAGUUUUGCCCAACAUAAGAGUACCACAUCCUCAAUUGAUGCAACCUCCUAGACUAUUAGGCUUAAUUAAUCAACCAGGCAAUAUGUUACGUUAUCCUCUACCACCGCAUUUAAUGUUAUCACAACCAGUACCAAGGCAACCCCUUCACGGUUCUUAUAAUUUCCCUCAACCACCACAUCCUAACUUAGGAGGCCCACAAUUUCUUCGACCAGAUCAUAUGAUGUCUGCAUUUCCUAAUAAUCAAGCCAAUCAUCAUCAACAACAUCAACAUUCUUACUUAGGAAGUCAGAGAAACCAAAACAGAUCUUACUAUCAUAAUGACCAACAAGUUGGACACCAAGCAUUUUUUAAGAAUAAUCAAUAUCCUCAUCGCAAUCAUGACAGAACUAAUCAGAGAUACUAUCAUCAACAUUAUUCUCAUGGUGUUAAUGGUAAUGCUUCGGGAGAUGAAGUCUCAGGAAAACUUGCUAUAAAAGCUCACGAGAAACAAUGGUUAAUCAAUAUACAACUGUUACAACUUAAUACAAUUCAACCAUAUGUUGAUGAUCAUUAUUAUAUCGUAUUCUGUGAUAAACGGAAUAAGCGACAUGCAAAUCAAGAACAAAAAGAUAAAAAACACCAUAAUAACAAUGGAUAUCAUAGGGAUCAUAGAGAUUGGGAGCCAACGUCUCAAGCUCCUUCAAGAUCAGCAUAUACGCCAGCUCAAUUUGAGAAUUCAUUAGGUAAACUUCAUUGCAGUAGUGUUACUGCACCACGCAAACUUAUAGAUAUGGAUGUUGUAUCAAAUAGCGAUUCUCAGUCUAAUUCUCAAUCACAACAAAAGGAUACUAAAAAAACACGCCAAUUGCUGCUUGAAAUCGAAAGGCUGUAUACAUUGUUAUUCAAACUCGAGGAUCUAAGCAAUCCUCUUGCUUCAAUUCCGGAACCGCAACAACAGCAGGAAGGAGAAGCUGAGACAAAUACGAUUAAAACGGAACCAGAACUAAUUUGCAUAACAUUAUCAUGUUUGCAACAAUUAAUACAAGAUGAUAAGUUAGCUAGUAUGCUAAGUAUUCGAAAAGGAAAGACAUUAUUACUGCGUUUUUUACCUCAUCUGAAUGUGACAGAAUAUAAUAAGCAGUUAAGAGAAUUGUGGACUGCAAUAUUUAAAGGAUUAGCCGUGAUAGGCCGUAGAGAUUGUCAUUUAUUAACGGACUUUUACUCCGAAUUUCGAAGAUGGCUUAAUGCUGUGAAAGAUUUUGAUACAGUACUGCGAUUAGCAAGAGCAUUAUCGGACUCAGCUACUCAUUCUCUUAAAAACAACAGUUUAACUUUUGCUCUUAUGAAUAAGUUUGGUGUGUCUGCAAUAGCAGCAAUGCUCGAGCAAGCAGAACAAUUAUGCGCUACAAACGAUUCCCUGCCUUCUGAAUGGUCAACUUUCAUAGAAACUCUAAUUGAAAUAAUUGGUGGCUCGUCACCCUGCGUUACACCUUGCCAACCGAUUGCUGCAAAUACGCUCAAUAAACAUCUGAAUCGGAUUUCCAGUUUAAAGAUAGAAAGGUAUACAACGCUAACGCGCUUAUUGACUGAAACCAAUCCCUUACGAUAGUCUAACAUUACAAAAGUUAUAUUUGGCAGAUUUUUCCCCUCUUUUCUUUUCAUGUAUGAAA